AUGGCUGCAGAUAUUCCCAAGGUCGUCCCGUUGACGUGCCACGGGCACUCUCGUCCUGUUACGCAUUUGAGCUUUUCUUCGAACCUCGAGGAUGAGCAGUAUUAUCUAAUCUCUGCAUGCAAAGAUAACAAUCCUAUGCUCCGUGAUGGAAUCACUGGUGACUGGAUCGGUACAUUUCUCGGCCACAAAGGAGCAGUCUGGCAAGCCCGGCUAUCUGCGGACGCAGCGAUAUCCGCAACCGCCGCGGCCGACUUUUCAGCGAAAGUCUGGGAUACACACACAGGAGAAUGCCUGCACACUUUGCAACAUGCACACAUCGUCCGAGCAAUCGCCUUCCCUAUCCAAACAAACCCCCAAGUCCUCGCAACAGGAGGCGCGGAGAAGAAGCUCCGCAUCUUCGACUUGACUCGCGGCGGCUCCGCUACUCCCGGUGGAGACGGCAGCAAUGGGUCAUCACCAGCCCUCCCGACACCCAGCAGCGGCGGAAGUGGAGAAGCCAAUACGGAUACAGUGACGAGCUAUGAAAUCGGACCCGGUGUACACGGUGGCACGAUUAAGUCUAUCGUCUGGAACCAGGACUACAAUAUCGUCACUACGGCGGCUGAGGACCGGAAGAUUCGGUGGUGGGAUUUGCGGUCUCGGCAUCCUGUGCUGGAGUAUGCGGUUGAGGGUGCUAUUGGGUCUUGUGAGCUGAAUAGUCUUGCUACUCGGCCUAAUGACUCUGGAAUCUUGACUGUGGCCGCGGGCAAGUCUGUGUAUCUGUUUGACGGGCUGCAGCCUGGUCGUCUUUUGAAAAAGGUCGAUUUUGGGUACGAGGUUGCUAGUGCCGCGGUCAACAGUGAGUCAGGGCGUUUGGUCACGGGUAGUGCGAACGACACCUGGGCGCGGGUUUAUGAUUUGAACACAAACGAGGAGCUAGAGGUACAAAAAGGUCACCAUGGACCUAUUUGGUCCAUCAGCUUCUCUCCUGAUGGCAAGCUCUACGGCACUGGUAGUGAAGAUGGAACCAUCAAGUUGUGGAAGGCCUGCCGUGAACCAUACGGCCUAUGGCGGUGA